GACAGCUGAGGCGGGCCGGGUAGAGAGAGGCGGUGUUCUAAGCCAAACCCCCUUUUCAGAAAGUGUGACCAGCAUUAAAAGAGUAAUUAGGAUAUUCUGAUAGCAUAAAUCAUCGUAGCAGGGAGUAAGCGGCAAUAUUAAGAUUAGUCUGUAUGAUAGACUUGAAGUAAGCCUGAAUUAACACGAAAAACACAAGUUACCACGCUGCAGUAAUGAUGUGCGCAUGCUCGGUAAGACCGCUCGAUAGGUAGGACAAACUGUUGGAACACCUGUUUACACCGAUGUUUAGAUGUUUUCAUUUCUUGCAGAAAUGACAGAUUUCUGAUUCGGGGCAGUGUUUACUGCACCGUACAGCCAAGUUAGCUACCAUUCCCCUCUAUCAGAGCAGUAAUGCUAGACCUGCAGUCAGGCCGGUCAGUCACCUCGUGAUCCACGAGGGAAAAACUCACCGCAGCUCCAGAGAAGCGGGGGGAGCUUUACGUCUUGUGUGAAGUAUUUUAACCUCUUUUCAUUUCCGUUAUGGGUGUUAUUCUGCGCAAUCUCCAAAACGUGGUUCCCCUCCGACGCGCCAGGCUGCGCAGAGACGUGGAGACCCUGCGACACAUUCUGGGGGUCCAGAAAUUUGAUCUGGGCAUCAUCUGCGUGGACAACCGCAAAAUACAGCAUCUCAACAGGCUCUACAGGAAGAAGAACGAGCCCACAGACGUGCUGUCCUUCCCCUUCUAUGAGGACCUGCGGCCAGGGAAGCUGCCAUGUGCCCUUCACAGAGAUGAGUUUAAUCUAGGAGAUGUUUUCCUGGGGGUGGAGUAUGUAAAGCAGCAGUGUAAAGAAUCAUCCUGCGAUUUUCAUGGCACUCUGACAGUGGUCGCUGCACAUGGAAUCUGUCACUUACUGGGGUACAGACAUGAGACAGAAGAGGAGUGGGAUGAGAUGUUUCAAAGAGAAAGUUAUAUUCUGAGCGAAUUCAACAGGCUGACUGGCAGUCAUCUCGAACCUUUAACAAAAAGAAGCACCCAAGACAGAUGACAAGCUACCAGAAUUAAUGGACUUGAACAAACGAAGAAUAAAGGACAAUCGCCCCCAACUUUCUCUAUUCCUGAGACUUUUGAUGUAAUAAUUAUUUUUGAUUUCAAUAAUUCAAGCGAUUUGGCAUUUGUUUUCUAAAUAAAUUUUAUUUUUAAAAUGCGCUUUAGGAAUUCAAAGAUUGAAACACUAAGCAACUGAUAAUUUUAUACCACUGUUUUUUAGACUGUUCCUUAAAACACCAUACAGAGUUCACUAUUCAGCCCACUCUUGUUAACGCAGUCAGAAAAAAAAAGCAAAAACAGAAAAGCGUAAAUAAAAGUUCUGGAGAUGUAAUUACUGAACAUAUUAAAACAGAGGACAAUGUAACCAGACAGUGGUUUACCCA